GCACGCGUAGCAGUCAAAGAUGGCCCCAGACAUGUGGCUCCUCUCUACGAUCAUCGGAUUGCUGACAGCAGCCCUCUCAGGUCACCCGGCUCUAACUCCAUCCGACCAGCCCAACACCAGCAGUGCAGAGAGCCUGCCCUUGGAGCCAGGACAGCGGCUGGGGGUCCGUCUGGUGAACGGGAGCAGCCGCUGCAGUGGGGCGGUGGAGGUCUGGCUCGGGCUGUCCUGGGAGCCGGCCUGCGGGGCACUCUGGGACAGCCUGGCCUCCGAGGCCGUGUGUGGCGCGCUGGGCUGCGGCGGGGCCUGGGAAGCCACCCAGCUCACCUUGCCGUCCCUGGAGCUGACGCCUGGGCCCGGCGCCCGGAACACCAGUGAGGCCACCAACGCCACGCUGGCCCUGGCGCCCGCCGUCCUGUGCAGAAGUGCCGAGUGGCAGCUCUGCAAAGUGGUGGAGCACGCGUGCGACACCAACGGGAGGCCGGCCAAGGUCACCUGCGCAGAGAACCGCAACGUGCGAUUGGUGGGCAGCAGCAGUCGGUGCGCAGGCCGCGUGGAGAUGCUAGAGCAAGGCCGGUGGGGUUCGGUGUGCGACGACACGUGGGACCUGGAGGAUUCGCACGUGGUGUGCCGGCAACUGAACUGCGGCUGGGCGGUUCAGGCCCUGCCCGGCUUGCACUUCGCCCCUGGCCAAGGACCCAUCCACCGGGACCAGGUGAACUGCUCAGGGGACGAGACCUACCUGUGGGACUGCCCGGGGCUGCCAGGAGACGGGUACUGCGGCCACAAGGAGGACGCCGGCGUGGUGUGCUCAGAGCACCAGUCCUGGCGCCUGACUGGGGGCCGUGACCCCUGCGAGGGGCAAGUGGAGGUCCAUUUCCGUGGGGUCUGGAGCACAGUGUGUAACAGUGAGUGGUACGCGCCGGAGGCCCACGUGCUCUGCCAGGCCUUGGGCUGUGGGACCAUGGUCAGAAUACCGGGCGGGCUGCCCCACUCCCUGCCAGGCAGAAUGUACUACUCGUGCACAGGAGAGGAGCCCACCCUCUCCGACUGUGCCUGGCGGUUCAACAACUCCAACCUCUGCAGCCAGUCGAGCGCAGCCCAAGUCCUCUGCUCAGGCUCCCGGAGUCUGCUCAAUCUGUCCACUCCUGAAGUCCCCGCAAGUGUUCAGCCGGUCACUGUAGAAUCUUCUGUGACCAUGAAAACGGAGGACUGGAAAUCACGGGAACUAAUGCUCCUCAUCUUGUGCAUCAUUCUGGGGAUUCUCCUCCUUGGCUUACUCAUCUUCAUAGCCUUCAUCCUCUUGAAAGUUAAAGGAAAAUACGCCCUCCCUGUGACGGUGAACAACCAGCACCCACUCACCACCACCCAAGAAGGGAUCCAUAGCUAUCAAGAUGUUCCCAUCACCAUUCCCAAAGAAGUUCCCAAGCUGCCCAUCCAGGUCCAGGCCCCACUCCCCAAGGACUCGGACUCCAGCUCGGACUCAGACUAUGAGCACUAUGACUUCAGCGCCCAGCCUCCCGUGGCCCUGACCACCUUCUACAAUUCUCAGCGGCACCGUGUCACGGAUGAGGAGGUCCAGCAGAACAGGUUCCAGAUGCCCCCCCUGGAGGAAGGACUUGAAGAGACGCAUGCUUCCCAGAUCCCACCUGUCAGCGCUGGGCAUUACACGGCGGACGCCCCCUCCCUGGGCUCUCAGAACCACCCCAGGAACAACAGUGGGUCCAGCACCUCCUCUGGGGAAGAUUACUGCAAUAGCCCCAGAAGCAAGCUACCUCCGUGGACCCCUCAGGUGUUUUCUACAGAGAGGAGCCCCCUCUUGGAGCAGCCCCCGAACUUGGAGCUGGCUGGCUCCCAAGGUACUUUUUCAGCAGGGCCCUCGGCCGAUGACAGCUCUAGCACCUCAUCCGGGGAGUGGUACCAGAACUUCCAGCCGCCACCCCAGCCCCCCUCGACGGAGCAGUUUGAGUGUCCAGGGUCCCCCACCCGGCAGCCUGAUUCCCUUGACAGCGAGGACUACGAUGACAUCGGAGCAGCCUAGGCUGGGCCCAGCGAG